AGGUGAGAGGGCGAGAGAACCGGACAAGACAGCCGCGGGAGGCGUGGGGGGGGGGGGGGUUGGGAGCAAGCCCCGAGGCUCGGAGGGCGUGGGGAGGUACCUGGCGACCGCGCGGCAGGCCCAGAGCAGCGGACGACCGGCCGAGACAGACCGGCCCAGGGCCAGCGGCAGGAGGCUACCCCGCGGCGGGGAGCAGCCACCCGUCACGCCGCACAGCCCGCGAGACGCGACCGGAGGAUCCGGGCCCUGUGGUCCGCGGCGGGGUGUGGGGGGAGGCCGGUGCCACGGGCAAAGGCGCGUGGUGUGGGGCGGGGCGCUCUGAGCACCCCUUCCCCCCCACCAACCCUACGACCCAACCUCGAGGGAACGUGGCGGUGAGGUCGGGCGGAAGAGGGACACCGGAGAAGACCACCGGGUGCGGGGCAAGA